CAUGGUGCGCACGUUAGAGUUUCUUUUCGCGUGUGCUCCAAGUUAGAACGGUAGAACACUGGCACAAUGAGGAUUGAAAAAUGUUAUUUCUGCUCGUCGCCUAUAUAUCCGGGACACGGCAUUCAAUUUGUGCGGAAUGAUUGCAAGAUUUUCAGAUUCUGCAGAUCGAAAUGCCACAAGCUUUUCAAGAAGAAGCGCAACCCACGGAAGACCAGAUGGACGAAGGCUUUCCGCAAGGCUGCUGGCAAAGAGCUGACAGUGGACCCAUCUUUUGAAUUCGAGAAGAGGCGGAACGUUCCGAUUAAAUACAACAGGGAGCUCUGGCAGAACACCGUUAAAGCUAUCCAGCGAGUCGAAGAAAUCAAGUCCAAAAGGCAGGGACACUACGUCAUGAAUAGGUUGAUGAAGGGCAAGGAGCUGGACAAACAGAGGGACAUCAAGGAGGUCCAGCGAGACCUUUGCCUCAUCAGAUCUCCAGCGGCUACGCUCAAGAAGAAAGAGCAGGCAAUUGUGGAAGUGAUAGAAGAGCAUUCAGACCAAGAGGAAAUGGCAGUGGACUGAAGAAUGUGUAGGGACGCUGUCGUUGUUGCAGCACAUCCCACACUCCUAUAGAAAGAAGUGUUUAAGGGGGUGGUGGUUCCUCUUGGACUUGCCAACAGAAGCCAAGCCUAUGCUUCAUUGUAUUUACCAGCAAAAGAAAGCACUGAAUGCUC